UCUCACUUUCAUUCAAACAACACCAUUCUUCUCUUUGAAGAAGGCACUAGCAAGCCUUCUUCUUUUUCCUUCUUCUAAAAAAAAUGGGCUCCAUUAGGACACACCCAUCCCUUGUGACUCUGCCUCUUCUAUGCCUAUUGGCAGCUGCCAACGCCGGCGAUCCAUAUCUAUUCUUCGAGUGGCACGUCACCUAUGGUACCAUCUCCCCGUUGGGCGUCCCUCAGCAAGGCAUCCUCGUCAACGGCCAGUUCCCUGGCCCGGAGAUCAAUUGCACCUCCAACAACAACAUUGUUGUCAACGUCUUCAACGAGAUUGAUGAGCCUCUCCUCUUCACCUGGGCCGGCAUCCAACAGAGGAAGAACUCGUGGCAAGAUGGAACUCCGGGCACCAUGUGCCCGAUCCUCCCAGGCCGGAACUACACCUACCAAUUCCAAGUCAAGGACCAGAUAGGUAGCUACAUUUACUUCCCUACCACCGCCCUUCACCGUGCCUCGGGGGGCAUGGGCAUGAUCAAGGUCCAUAGCCGCGAACUCAUCCCGGUACCCUUCGAUAACCCGGCAGAGGAGCAUUCUAUCCUCCUCGGGGAUUGGUACAACAAGGGUCACAAGAUAAUCAAGCGAAUUCUUGACUCCGGACGAUCCAUUGGCAAACCCAAUGGCAUUCAGAUCAACGGGAAGUCCGCUAAAGUCGGAGAUGCUGCUGUUGAGCCACUUCUCACCGUGGAGGCCGGAAAGACUUACAGGUUGAGGGUGUGCAACGUCGGGAUGAGGCUGACUGUCAACUUCCGUAUCCAGGGCCACACGAUGAAACUAGUGGAGAUGGAGGGAUCACAUACGGUUCAAAAUGUGUACGACUCGAUGGAUAUCCACGUCGGCCAAUGCAUGUCCGUCUUGGUCACCUCCAAUCAAACCCCCAAGGACUACUACUUUGUUGCUUCCAGCCGCUUCUCCAAGCAAGUCCUCACAUCCGUGGCCACCAUCCGCUACACCAAUGGCAACGGGCCAGCCUCCCCUGAACUUCCACCACCCCCUCCUGAGAACUCUGGCGGCAUUGCAUGGUCCAUGAACCAGUUCCGCUCCUUCAGGUGGAACCUGACCGCCAGCGCCGCCCGCCCCAACCCCCAGGGAUCCUACCACUACGGGCAGAUCAACAUCACCCGCACUAUCAAGCUCUCCAACUCCCGCCAAGUUGUGGAUGGAAAGCUUCGGUUCGCUGUCAACAGCAUCUCGCACGUGGAUGGCGAAACCCCACUCAAACUGGCAGAGUACUUCGGGAAGGCGGACCAGGUUUUCAAAUACGAUCUCGUGAAGGACGAGGCAGAACAAGGGGAUCACAAAGUUGUGGUGGCACCCAGUGUGAAGAACGCGACCUUCAGGAACUUCGUGGAGAUCAUCUUCGAGAACAAGGAGAAGACUGUCCAGACAUGGCACUUGGAUGGAUACUCGUUCUUCGCGGUUGCCAUUGAGCCCGGUACGUGGACCCCCGAGAAGAGGAAGAACUACAAUCUGUUGGAUGCAGUGAGCAGGCAUACCGUCCAAGUGUACCCCAACUCAUGGGCUGUAGUCAUGACCACUCUUGACAAUGCUGGCAUGUGGAACCUGAGGUCUGAAAUGAGGGAGAGGGCAUAUUUGGGACAGCAGUUCUACUUUAGCGUCGUUUCGCCAGAAUUCUCGUUGAGGGAUGAAUACAACCUCCCUGUCGGACAGGAACUCUGCGGUGUUGUCAAGGAUCUGCCCAGGCUUGCCCUGUACACUUAAAGAAGAAGAAGAAAAAGAAGAAGAUGCUAGCUAGUCUAACUAAAUGUGCAUAUACAUAUAUGUGUAUCCCUUUCCAUUCUCAAAAUGAAUACACACAUUUAACCUAUAUAAAUCACAUAUCUUAUUCUUA